UAUUUAUUAACUAGUUAUGCUAAGAAUAGCAACCUAGGCAGUAAAAUCAAUAUUGAUGCCUAUAUUAAAACCAAUAAGUAUGACAUGGAAACCUGUACAAGAGUUUGGAUUAGCAAGAUUAUUUAAAUAAGUCAGAAUUGCAGGUUAAGCAAGAUCAAAAACAAAAUGUAGUUCUUCUAGUUGGAAAAAAAGAAUUAGAACACCUAAUAAAUUAUAUAAAAUUGGAAAUCAUAAAGGUUUGAUGAAGAGAGUAAAAAUUGUUGGACCUAGAAGAGCAAGAAGAUUAAAAUUUAAAUCACCUGGUUCAAGACAUUUGAAUAGAAAUUGUUCGAAAGCAAAUUUAAGAAGAAAGAGACGUAUUAGAUAUAUUAGUGAUGUUGAUAUGCCUAGAAUGAGAAAAUUAUUACCUUUAAUGAAGAGAUAAAAAUGCAAAAGAGGAUCAUGAGUAUAUAAAAAUAGAUGAAUGGAAU